UAUUCAGACCGAUUUGCGAACAGAUCGCGACAAGGCAAAGACAAAAAUGCGAAAGCAGACAUAGGCCUAGUUAAUUGUAAUCAUAUUAGGCUACUCGCUGUUUAUUGCACGUCGGAAUGUCAAGUGUAUUUCCGAGACAGCGUGAGUUAAGAGUCACCAUAUGACUCGAGUCAAUAGGUUCAAAUAACGGAGCGUCACGGUUUACGUCAAUAUCCUUGUUAGAUCCUUUUGAUAUGUUUGUUUUUUGUCGUUUUGAUCCAGUUAAGUUACGUGUCUUGAUAAAGAUCCACCCUGUUGACACAGAGAGCUACAAGUUUUAACUCUCACGCAAAAGAGUAUCAUUUCAAGUAGAGUCGUUUCAAGAGAAUCCCGGUUAAAUUUGCACAAAUGGAUCCCCUCACAAUGGCUGCAGCGGGUGUAGGUGCAGCCGCCGCAGUUGCUGUAGCUCCUGCUGCUCUAGCAGCUGCUGGUUUUACUUCAGCAGGAGUUGCUGCGGGUUCUUACGCCGCCAGUUUGAUGUCAACUGCAGCUGCGGCUAAUGGUGGAGGGGUCGCAGCUGGAUCUGUGGUAGCAGUUCUUCAAUCUGCAGGUGCAGCUGGAUUGUCUGUUGCAGGUCAGGCCGCUGUGGGUGCUGUGGGGGCCGUCAUGGGUGCAGCUGCAAGCAUGGUUAGCAACAGCACUGGAUAACUGAGGAGCUGAUCUUUGUGUAUUAUCAGAUCUGAGCUUUGUUGUCUGUUAAUCACAUUAAAAAUAAAAUGCACAUUAUUCACCA